GUUGCCUCCAUCCAAAGCCCCGAAGGCGAAGGGGUCCGACGUCUUCUGGAACGUUUGGGGACCCUGUGGGGGGAGCUGCAGGAGGGGGCCGAGCGCCGGCAGCAGGUCCUGGACGCCACCUUCCAACUGGAGCAAUACUACUUCGACGUGGCCGAGGUGGAGUCGUGGUUGGGCGAGCAAGAGCUGCUCUUGAUGAGCGAGGAGAAAGGGAAGGAUGAGCAGAGCACCCUCCAGCUCCUCAAGAAGCACCUCUUGACGGAGCAAACGGUGGAGAACUACGAGGACACCAUCGCCCAACUCUCCCGCCAAUGCCGGGCCCUUCUAGAGCUUGGCCACCCUCAAAGCGAACAGGUCAGCAGGCGGCAGUCGCAGGUUGACCGGCUGUACGUGUCUCUGAAGGACCUGGUGGAGGAGCGCAAGGCCAAGCUGGAGCAGCAAUAUUGGCUCUACCAGCUCAACCGCGAGGUGGACGAGCUGGAACAUUGGAUCGCCGAGAAGGAGGUGGUGGCCGGCUCACCGGAGCUGGGACAGGACUUCGAGCACGUGACG